AUGGCAGAUGAAAUCCCCAAAACAACCUCACCACCUUCAGACCAAGUACCACAGCCGACCUCUGAGAAUGAACAUCCAGCAGCAGCUGCUGCAGCUGCUGAGCUUGAACCACCGCCUUUGACAGAAACAGAGGCCAAAGAACAAGAGCCACUUCCGCCACCGCCGUCGCUGCCGGAGGUGACAGAGUCUGAGAAAGAAGAGCUGCCGCCGCCAGUGGCAGCAGUGGUGGAGACUGAGUCGGAGGAAAAAACUCAGAAGGAAGAGCCGGAGCGGAAGCAGAUUCCUCGAUCUUUGAUUUCGUUCAAGGAGGAGAGCAAUAUAGUGUCUGAUCUAUCGGAUUCCGAGAGAAAAGCUCUUCAAGAACUGAAGCAGCUCGUCCAGGAAGCUCUCAACGGUCACCAGUUCACUUCCCCAAAACUCCAAGAGACCCAGGAAAAAGCAGCAGCAGCAGCAGCUGAAGCACCACCACCCAUUUCUGAAUCAGAAACUAAGCCGACCCAUGAGCCCAAAAUCGAAGAGAACCCAUUGAAGGAAGCAGAGGAGGUAGCUAAAGAAGCGACACAAGUGGCGGUUCCUCCAGAGGAAGUGUCAAUUUGGGGAGUUCCUCUUCUCAAGGAUGAUCGAAGCGAUGUGAUUCUUCUAAAGUUUUUGAGGGCCAGGGACUUCAAGGUGAAGGAUGCGUUUACUAUGCUUGGCAACACGAUCCAAUGGAGGAAAGAGUUCGGGAUCGAUGCUCUUGUCGAUGAAGAUCUUGGUGAUGAUUUGGAGAAGGUGGUGUUUAUGCAUGGAUAUGAUAGGGAGGGUCAUCCUGUGUGUUACAAUGUGUUUGGGGAGUUUCAGAACAAAGAGUUGUAUCAGAAAACGUUUCUCGAUGAGGAAAAGCGAACCAAGUUUCUUCGAUGGCGGGUUCAGUUCUUGGAGAGGAGCAUUAGGAAGCUUGAUUUCAGGCCUGGUGGUGUUUGUACUAUUUUUCAGGUUAAUGAUCUUAAGAAUUCUCCGGGUCCUGCGAAGAAGGAGCUUAGGAUUGCCACCAAGCAAGCCCUUCAGUUGCUUCAGGACAAUUAUCCCGAAUUCGUUGCCAAACAGGUGUUUAUCAAUGCUCCUUGGUGGCAUCUUGCAUUGUACACUAUGAUCAAUCCCUUCGUGACCCAGAGGACCAAAAGCAAGUUUGUUUUUGCAAGGCCAGGCAAAUCUGCGGAGACCCUUUUCAAGUACAUUUCUCCUGAGCAUGUUCCAAUUCAAUAUGGUGGCUUGAGUGUGGAUUACUGCGACUGCAACCCAGAAUUCACCAUUGCCGAUCCAGUCGCGGAUGUUACAGUUAAAGCCGGAACAAAACAAACUGUGGAAAUUAUCAUUUAUGAGAAGUGCACCAUUGUGUGGGAGCUCCGAGUAGUGGGGUGGGAUGUGAGCUAUGGGACUGAAUUUGUGCCCGAUACCGAAAAUGGAUACAUAAUUAUCAUACAGAAAGCCACAAAGAUGAGCCCAACUGAUGAACCAGUGGUGCAAAACAGUUUCAAAGUGGGCGAGCUGGGUAAAAUAUUGCUCAAGAUCGAUAAUCCAACCUCAAAAAAGAAAAGGCUUCUGUACAGGUUCAAGAUCGAACCCUUCGAUAACUAA